AGUUACAUUUUAUGUGUCGAUACAAAAACUUUCAGAUGGAAACUAAUUUUGUCGAAGAAUAAACUUUUAUUAACUGGAAUCACGAAAAUGUUUUGGCAUCUUUUUUUUUUCGAAAAGUGAUAAACUACAGCGGAUGCUUAUCAAUAAAUACUCCACUACUGGUGAAAAGUUAACAUUGUACGCAAGCUUUAGAGUAAAAAAGACAUAAGACAGAGAACUUGGACAGACAAUGGGUUGUUCACAGUCCACGCCGUCGAGGACGACCCGUCGUAAGAAGAGAAAACGAUCGAGAAAGAAGCAUGCUGUGCCGAAUGAGUGCAAGGAGAUGAGCAUCAAAAGACAAGCGGCCCCUACACAGACUGCAAUAUUUUAUAACGAACCAGAACAGUUCGCGGCUCCCAAAAAGAACUACAAAUCUGAGCAUAUAGAACAAGUGACAGAACUGCCUGUUAAGACAGUGUCUAGGGUAGUGUUCAAACAGGCGACCUACACGGGUAUCUACAAUAUAAAAGUCCAUUAUGCCGACCAUAACAACUGUCGUAUACAAGGUGCACAGUUUCUACCGAAUGGUAACCUGAUAGUAUGCGACCAGCCAAACCAGACAUUGAAACUGUGGAGUACGACAUUCCAGUAUUUGGCACACUUUGUACUUCCAGGACGCCCACAUACACUGUGUCUUCACUCGUCCAACCGCGAUGGAUCCGACGUAUUUGUCACAAUACCUAGCGACAGAACUAUCAUGGAGUUUUACGUAGAUGACAGAAUAAUUAUCCCAGGACAGAAAAUACGGACGGACGGCUUUUGUUUCGGAAUAGCUCCGUAUAAACACGGACUCGUUGUUGGAGUAGGUUCUAAAAUAGAAUUUAUGGAUACCGAUGGAAAUGUGUUGAAAACUUUGCAAUAUGCUGGCGACGGUUCAUCCCAGUUUGGUUCCAUCUUUCAUCUGUCGGUGACUGAUACUAACAAUAUAAUUGUGUCCGACUCAACGAAAAGGUGUGUUACAUGUAUAACACCUGAUGGAGAGGAGAUAUUCAGAUAUGAUGAGAUUGGUAUUCCCCACGGUACAAUGACUGAUAAAGAGGAAAAUAUAUACAUCUGCGGCAAUGAAAAGGGAGCUAUAGAUGUUCUUCACCAACUUACAAUGAGAGGAGAGAAAAUAAAAAGUUUGUUGUCAUGGAGACAUGUUGGCUUUACCCCUGACGUAAUCUGCUUUCGAGAAAAAGACAAACUUUUAGCAGUUUGUGGAGAAAAUGACAGAAUAAAGACAUUUAGACUAGAUACAAGAAAGUCAGGGAAAAUUUACGCCAAUGACGUCAUAAUGGACGCAGAAAGAAUACAGACAGAAAGAAGUACAAAAGAAGUGCAAGAAAUCAUGAAAAGGAUUCUUAUCAGAUAGACUAAUUUUAAAACCUUUAAUAACUUGAGUUUUAAAACUGCAGAUUUUCGUGCGAGAUUUCAGUGAAAAUUCUGUUUAUAAGAAAUGUCUCCAUUUCAUUAUCAAUUGUCAUGUUAAAAUUAAAAUCAUUGUCUCAAAAUACAAAAGAGGAAGCAGUGAGAAAAGACAA